GGCUGGGGCGGUGGGCUGUGUUCUCCUCUACGGCCUUGAUUCUGUCGUCUCCCUCCAGCAAGGAGUCCGAUGGAGAGAGUGGCAGCCAGAGGGGCCGGCCGCAGACUUCAUGGGGAGGGGGAGAGGCCUGCCUCUGGGCUUCCUGUCAGCAGACUGGGCCUCCUUGGGUCCUCCACUCUGCUCUCUCUGAACAGGUCACUUCAGCUUCCCUGGGGGGCACCUCUUACUUCUCUGCGGUGUCAGGCCUUCCAUCCGGUGAUGAGCCCUGAUGGCGGCAGAGCCGCUGACGGAGCUGGAGGCGGCCAUUGAGACGGUGGUCACCACCUUCUUCACCUUCGCGGGGCAGGAGGGCCGGAAGGGCAGUCUCAGCAUCAAUGAGUUUAGGGAACUGGCCACUCAGCAGUUGCCUCACUUGCUCAAGGACGUGGGCUCCUUAGAUGAGAAGAUGAAGAGCUUGGAUGUGAAUCGGGACUCUAGGCUCAAGUUCCAUGAGUACUGGAGACUGAUAGGGGAGCUGGCCAAGGAGAUCCGGAGGGAGAGGGCCCUGGAGACGCACAAGAAGUGAAGCUCCUGAGCAGGAUAGUGCUUGGCAGGGCCGGCAGGGCAGAACCCCCUCGCACCGAAAAGCCUCUUCCUUGAAACACCCUCUCCUCUUUCUGCUCUUGGAAGUAGACAGUGGGAAAGUUCUGCCUUGACGCAAGAGUGGGUCCAAAAGUUAUGACCUUUGGGGCUCCUGGGUGGCUCAGUUGGUGAAGCAGCUGCCUUCGGCUCAGGUCAUGAUCUCAGGGUCCUGGGAUCGAGCCCCGCAUCGGGCUCCCUGCUCAGUAGGGAGUCUGCUUCUCUUUCCCUCCACUGCUCCCCCUGCUUGUGCUCUCUCUCAAAUAGAUAAAUAAAAUCUUAAAGGAAGGUUAUGAGCUCUUUAAGGACCAA